AUGGAUCAAGAGAGCUUUGAAAAAAGGGAAAGCUCACCUAUUGCUUAGAGAAUAGAUUAGUCUCAUAAUCAAAGCGCAAUAGAAAACAGUUAGUUAGUUAAAAAUUUAACCUAGGGGGAAACUUAGGAAGAAAUAAAUAUUUCUCUUGUUAUCAAUUAAGGUUAUGUAUUUAUAGUGAAUAAUGAUUAAACUCCAUUUGCAUAAAUUGCUUUUGUAGAUGAUUGCUAUCCAAAAUAUAAUGGAAAAAUGGGAAUUGAAAAUUUUAUGUAACAGAAAAAUAUUUAAUCUGUCGCAUGGACAUCUUCAUCAGAUUUCAUAGAAAAAAUAUACCCAACUCAUGAAGAAAGAGAGUUGGCAUUAACUUAUUUGAAAUAAAAUAUGAGAGAUUCCAGAUAGCUUUAGACUAUAUAUGCGAUUCUAAAUGAAACAGUUGAUAAAGAUUGGCAUGAGUCAGUUGUUGAAAAUCCCCUUAGCAUGAAUCUUCGAGGCAUAGAGAUGAUCCAAGAAAUGCUCCUAGAAGAAUUAAUUUUCCUUUCUUUAAGAUUGUUUUUGUAGUAGGGAUUUGACUAAUCAUUUGAUGGUCUUUCAGUUUUCCUAAAACUAUAACCACUAUAACUCAUUUUAGCAUUUGUUGACUGCUUUCCUUCAUAUUCAGAUUUAGUCUACUCUUUAGUAAUGAAAUAGGGUAUUAUAUAAAGGAGUAUUCCAAAAUCAAAAAAUGAUAGUAAUAAAAUUUCUAAUUUAAGCUAAAUAAGUUAAAUGAAGUCUUCAUAGUUAAAUAGUGGAUAACAAACACCUCUUCCGAUGACUCACUAUGAAGCUGAAAAUAUUUCAAAUAACAAUUAGUUAGAUUUAAAUAAUGUUUAAAAUUAUUAUAACAAUACCUAAAAUUUUAAUCCAGAUUAAAAUUUUGCUGCUUAUAUUCAAUCAUUUAUAAGGUUUGCUUAAGUAAAAAGAGAAGGAGAUAAUAAAUAUGAUUUUACAACUCUCAUAGAUGCAUAAGGAAGAAUCGAUUUGUUAAAAGAAAUUAUUUCUGAGUUAGAUUGUUCCUUGCCAAAUGUUUUAAAAUAACUUGGGGUUAAAGAAAGAUAGUCUAACGAUUUUCUAAAAAAAUAGUUUAUAUAGCAAAUUAAAAACAUCAGAACUUGCAUAAAUAACUCCGCCAUGAAAAAUGCAGUCGAAGUAAAUGAAGAUGAAGGAGCUAUUGUUGAUAGAAUAUAAACCGAAUCAGACCUUGAUGAAUACUCUUAUGAGAAGUCUCAUCAAGAUUAUUUAUUUUAUGCAGAUAGAGAGGAUGAAAUCAAUUACUAACAAUAGCAAACCCUCUAUCAAGUUGCACCAAAAAUUAAUUUUGAAUAGCAUCGCUUAGAAGCAUGGAACUAGCUCUAUGAUAAGAUUAAAUAAGGAGUUCCUCUCUCUAAAUAUGAAGAAGAUUAAUGGAGAUAUUUCGCUUUUGAGGAUAAUUUUUAAAAUGCAUUGAUUACUCUCGGAGAAAAAGUGCUUAUCCAAGAUUAAGACAUAAAAUCUGCAUUAAAAUGCUAUCAAAUAUUGUUCUGUCUUGGUCAUCGAUAAAGUUCAACAAUUUUAUAUAGUUUAUUAUGUUUGACUUAAGAAUUUAGCUAAGCAUAAGCAUUAAUUAUGAACACUAACUUAAAUGUACAAAAAUCAUACAUAUUAAUGAAACUUAAUCAGCAUAAAGAAGCAAUAGAUUUAAUAAAUAGAAACUUUAAAACAUCAACUUAAAUAGGAAGUAAAAUAUAGUUCUGCUAUAUCCUUUCUAAUAUGCUAUAAAAACAGAGCAAAUAUCUAGCAGCAUUGACAGCCUUUUAAAUUUUGAACAAAAGUUCAAGCUCAAGCUAAGAUUUGAGCUUAAUUUUUAAGCUUUUUUUGAUUGGUAAGCUUGUAUAAAAAGGACUUUAUUUUUAGCAAUAAGAAUCUGCAGCAAUAAAGAUUUACAACUACAUAUUAAAUAAUUUAAAGCCAGCUUAUAUGUAUGAAUUUAUCACUUUUUUCUUCAUUAAGCAAUCAAAAGAUGAGAUAAAAUAAUCAAAAAAUAAUUUUGCUCAAUAAGUUAUUGUAGGAGCUUCUAAGAAUUCUAAUGUAAAGGGUAGUAUUUCUAAUUAAAUGAAAGGAAGUUCUUUACUCAGACAAGAAAGUAGUCACCUAUCUAGUAAAAGCUAAAACUCAACCAUGAAAAUUUAAAGCGAUUACUAAUCAACUUUUUAAAAUAAACCAUCAGCUGAAAAAGCAGAAAAAACUUAACCAAUUCCUUGGGACUAAUUAAUUUCUAAUACACUUAACAUUUAAAUUUAAGACAUUAGAAUUUUCCUAGAAAAAGAACAUCAGCGAUUCUAUAAUAUAAUUCAUAAUAUAAACACUGACCACGAAACAAGACGUGAUUAUCUCAUAGCUCACACUCUAGGAAACUCAAUUUUAUUUAAAUCUGAAAAAGAGUAUAAUAGAAGCUAUUUCGAUGAAAAUAAAUCAGGAAUUCUAAGGUAAAACCAAAGAUUUUGUAAAAUUCUUAGCGAUUUUUCAAACCCAACAAUGAUGUGGCCUCUAACUUUAGUCAAACCUUAUGAAGAUAAUUAAUCAUUUAAUUAAAAAAAUCGUAACGAAGAAAGUUAAACUAAACAGUAGUAAUAGUCUACUGAAGAUGGAGAUGUAAAAAAAGAAAAAAAUAACAACCUUCCAUUGAUAAAAUAAAACUUUUUGAAUAAUGGGAAUUAUUAAUUUGAAGGAAGACUUGUUCAAAAUCUACCUCCAAGACUGAAUUAAGAUGAAAUUAUUAUGCAUUCCGAUGAAAGAGAUGUUAAAAGAUAAUUAGGACAUUUUACAAUUAAUAAUUAAAUAUUUUCAAAGUGGGUUGUUAAAUCUAAAUACCUUUUUGAAGAUAAUGGCGAUACUAAUUUCUUGAAUUUAGCAUUUAAUGUUUCUCCUUAUUUUUUAAAUAUUUAUGCUAUUUCACAUUAAGACUCUUCCAUAUUAACUGAGCCUUACUUGUGCACUUUCGAAGAGCUUUGUUAAAAUAAAUUAUCUGAUUAUAACAUAGACGAAUAGCUAAGUGGUAAACUAAUUAAAGAAAUAUCUGGGCUUUUCUAAAUAGUUUCUCUGUGUGUUUCACUUCAUAAUAGCGAGCUUUAUGGAUAUAUUUCCUUCUUUGGCAAAAAUAUUCUCCUAGUUGACAAUGAAGGAUUUAUAAAAACUCCAAAUUUCUUAGUUUUAGUGGAUGGAAGCUUUUAGCUAGAUUGGAAUACAAUCCCUCAUGAACUGCUUUUAGAAGAAGGACCUCAGUAAUAACUAUCUAAAUGUGAUAUUUGGGGCAUUGGUAGUCUCCUACUGUAUUUAUUUUACGGAAAAAGCAUAGUUAAUGAAACUAAUUCCUAAAAAUAAGUUGAUAAAUAUCUUUAGGAUGUGAACAAAUUCAAGACAUAGGAAUACCUAGAUGAUUUAUUUGCAUAAUUUAAUAUUAAAUCUGAGAAAAACACUAAAAAUUAGUAAGAUUAAAAAGAACAUUAAAACGAAGAAUCUAAUCAACCUGGUAGGUAUUUUGAAGUCUCUAGCAUGAGUUAUGAGUUUAGAUGGCUUUUAGAAAGCAUAAUUAGAAAAUGUUUGAGAUACGAAGCUGUCUCAAGACCAAGUGCUCUUGAAUUACUCUUAGAAAUUCAUGAAUUUAUAAAAAAAUCAAAUCCUGAAGGUAUUUUUACUCUCUAUAACAUUGACAGUGUUUCAACCAAAAUUAAAUCAUUAAAAAGAAUCUAAUAUUGUACAAAAUAAGAAGGGCAAAAACAGGAAGAUAAAUACUUUAAAUAGAGCAGUUUAAACUAAGAUUCUGUUUAAUAAGCUAAAAAUAAAUCAGAAGAACAAGAGGGAAGAAAAGAAUAAAGCUAGUAGUUAAAUACAAUAAAAGAAGACAAUAAUGAGAGUUUCUCCAAAGAGCAAGAAAAAAAUACCCUUAAUUAAAAUUAGAAUGACAAAGUAUUUAUCUAAGAAAAUGGAUAGCCUUAAAAGCAAUUAAUCGAUAUGUCAUAAAGAAAAUCACAUCCUGAUUUAAUAUUUUCUGAAACACCUACACCUUAAAAUAGUUAAAAUAGCGAGUUUAAUUCUAAAUUAAAUGGUGGGGAAUAAAGUGAUUCUUAAUACUUUAAAAACAAAGAAAAUAGACCUAUCUCAGCAAUUAAAAAAAUAGGAUCAUUUCCAAAGAACUACAUUUUAGAUUCAAUAAAAGAAAACGAUUUUGAGGCAAGUAAUGAAUUUAAUAGUUCUUCUUAAUUUUAUUUUAUUCCUGGAGGUUCAGUUCUUCUUAAAUAAGGAAAUAAAUCUUAUUACUUCACUCCUUAUAAAACAGAAUAUCAUAUUAAUAGUAAACCAAAAAAACAAGAUGAAACUAGCUUAAAAGAAAUUCUUACAGGGGAAGGUAAAAUGCUCAUGUAAGAUGAUAGAGUCUUCUAAGGAUAUUUUGGAAAUUUCGGUUUGCCUCACAGUGGAUUUUUGUUGAACUAGUUUACAAAAAAAACUUCAGUUUUAGGUUUUGAAGAAUCUACAAGAAUGCCAAGAUCAGAUGCUACAAAAACAUUUAUUGAUGAUACAAAGGAUAAAUAAGAGCUAUUCAAGGAAUAGUAGCAACUAAAUAAAGUUAUACAGUAGAUUAAUGGUCUUUUUAAUUCAACUAAAAAAUUCUUGGAUUUCUUUGGCAAUUGGAUUUCUUGUGAUUUUCUAGGAAGCAAUUGCACACCUUCAAUAAAUAAUAAGACUAGUCCUUUAUUAUUCAUUACUGAGAAUAAAACACUUUAUAUCCAUGGUUAACAAGCUAAAGCCUUUUUAUUUGAUUAUUCAAUUAUGACAUAUUCUAUAUUUGAAGAAAUACCAACCCAAGGAAUCGUUUCUGCAUCUAGCCUGUAGCAAGAAGAAAAAAUUUUAAGCAUGUUAGAUUUGAUCAAAUCUCUAUCAAAUAGUUGGCAUGUUGUAUAGCAUUUACUUGAAGGCUGUAAAUAUAAUGGUGGUUUAUCUAACUGGGAUCCUAUAGAUGGAAAAUUGUCUUUUUAUGAUACAGAAAUUUAAGUAAAUGGAAGUGCAUAAAAAAGUUUAAUUUAUUAAACUGUUUUAACUUUCCCUACUGGAGAUUGCUAUAAAGGUGGUCUUUUGAAUGGCAAGUAUUGGGAUUACGGUAGACUUUAUAGUAAUAACAGAUUAGUUCUAGAAGGAAAGUUUGUUGAUAAUUCUAUGAUUUAUGGAACUUUGUAUUACACUGAUGAUAAAAUUAAAUAUGUUGGAGAAGUGUUUUUUGAUGAAUCAGAUGAUAGUUACAAGAAGCAUGGCAAAGGAACGCUUUAUAUGAGAAAUGGAGAUAUUUAUGAAGGUGACUUUUCGCUAGAUUUAUAUCAUGGUUUUGGAAAGAUUUUAUAUGAUGGUGGAAAAAAAGGUUACUUCGAAGGAGUAUUCAAUGAGGGUCUAAAGCAUGGUGUUGGAGUUUAUUGCGAUAAAAUUAAAGGUAUUGAAUUUAAUGGAGAAUACGAGUAUAAUAAAAGAUCUAAGUAUGGGAUAGAAAAGGUAGAAAAUAAGCAUGAGUAUUAAGGAAACUUUAAAGAGGGUAAAAAACAUGGUCAUGGAGUAAUCUACUAUAAAAAAGGUAAAAUAAAAUACUAUGAUGGUACAUUUGAGGAUGAUAAAAAGCAUGGAGGAGGAAUUGAAAUUGAUGAGAAUGAUAAUAAGUAUUUAGUUAAAUACUGGAAAGAUGGUUUAAUUAGCUCUAAUUUAAUGAAGAAGAACAUUAAAACACAGUAAACUCCACAAUCUAAAUAAUAAGAAGAUGAAAAUACUUUCUAUAAGUUUAUUUGA